GCCUUGCUGUGGGUGGUGGAUCAGUGCGGUGGAUGGGCUAAACAAAACAAUCAGGCAAUAUGAAGGUCCCGGCCAGUGUGUUUUGGGCAGCCUUCUUUGUUAAACAGGCUCUUGGAGAACAUGGCAUGGCACACUUCAGUGAUCAGGGGAAAAAUAAAGGCAAGGAUUACUGUAUAUUUUACAAUCCCAGAUGGGCCCCCCUACCUCACGAUCUCAGCAAAGCGUCAAGGUUGCAGAUCUACGACCUGACCAGUUCGGUCCUCUGUUCGGUGUCAGACGUACCCGAAGGUGGCUUUCCCAAUCGCAUUCCCAUGGUGAUGCGGGGCAACUGUACCUUUUAUGAGAAGGUCAAAAUUGCAAAGCAAAACGGUGCCCGCGGCAUUCUCAUUGUCAGCAAAGAUAGACUGACUCCUCCAGCGGGCAACGGAAGCCAGUAUGAGGAGAUUGACAUUCCAGUCGCCCUCCUCAGCUACGCUGACAUGCUGGACAUCAGUAAGACGUUCGGUACGGGCAGGGAAGUGGCCAUGUACGCCCCGAGCGAGCCCAAGCUGGACUACAACAUGGUGAUCAUCUUUCUCAUGGCGGUGGGCACGGUGGCCGUGGGAGGCUACUGGGCUGGCAGCAGGGACAUCAAAAAGCGCUACAUGAAGCACAAGCGGGACGACAGCGCAGAGAAGCAGGACGAGGAGACCGUGGAUGUGACCCCCAUCAUGAUCUGCGUGUUUGUGGUCAUGUGUUGCACCAUGCUGGUGCUGCUCUACUACUUCUACGACCACCUGGUGUAUGUAAUCAUCGGCACAUUCUGUGUGGCCUCUGCUGUCAGCCUAUACAGCUGCCUGUGGCCCUUUGUGCGUAGACUUCCAUUUGGAAAGUGCAGGAUACCAGAGAAUAACCUGCCGUAUUGCCACAAGAGGCCUCAGGUGCGGAUGAUACUGCUCACAGUGUUCUGCGUGGGUGUCAGUGCCACCUGGUGUGUCUUUCGCAAUGAGGACCAGUGGGCCUGGGUGCUGCAAGAUGCCUUAGGAAUUGCCUUCUGUCUUUCUAUGCUGAAAACUAUCAGAUUACCCACCUUCAAGGCUUGCACGCUACUGUUGUCGGUACUGUUUGUCUACGAUGUUUUCUUCGUAUUUAUAACCCCACUUUUAACCAAGAGUGGCGAGAGCAUCAUGGUAGAGGUGGCAGCUGGGCCCAUCAACUCAUCCACUCAUGAGAAGUUACCAAUGGUACUCAAAGUCCCAAGACUGAACUUCUCUCCUCUGGCCCUGUGUGACCGGCCCUUCUCUCUCCUGGGCUUUGGAGACAUCUUGGUGCCAGGCUUGCUGGUGGCCUACUGUCAUAGGUUUGACAUUCUUAUGCAGUCCUCACAGAUCUACUUUGUUGCCUGCACCAUAGGUUAUGGCAUUGGCCUGCUCAUCACGUUUGUGGCCCUGGCCCUCAUGGAGACGGGCCAGCCGGCGUUGUUAUACCUGGUGCCUUGCACUCUCCUCACCAGCCUAGCGGUGGCGCUGUGGCGCAAGGAGUUGCCUUUGUUCUGGACAGGAAGUGGAUUUGUGCCUCCCCCCAUAGUCAUGACACCAAUCAACUGCACACAGACCGCUGAACCCUCCACCAAAGAUGAGCCCUUGACCAAUGCCGAUCCUCAGACACCUGAUUCAAUCAAUCAGAGCGAAGACCCGCCUCCGCUUCCCCCACAGGAGGAGGAGGUGGCGCAAUCAGAAGGCAAAGCCACCAAGUCAGAGUAAAGACUCUUGGGAUGCCGAUUUUUAUUUUGUUUUUUUGUAGCAUUGGAUAUGAAAAUGUUUUGGGGCAAAGGAUAAGUGUCUUUGUACUCACGGGACAUGCCAUGGCCAAAUGUCUGGAUUCAUGGGUGGAGCAAAUAUGCUUAUGAUGACUGUAAACUGGAACUGUCAUUUAAAAAAAAAAAAGAAACACACAAGCGUGCACAACAAAAACGAUCAAGCUAAAAGGAUCAGCCCAACUGAAGAUGGGACAUCUCAUCCCUCUGCUCGCCGUGCUUCCCCAUCCAAGCGCACUGGAGCCAAGAAAGCUGGUCACUACAGAAUGCAGCUGCUGUCAUUUCUCAUCGAAUAAUUGCUACAGUUUCCUCCAGUCCUCAUCUCAACAACUGCGCACCAUGAACGUUAACGUGAACGUUUAAAAAUGGUUUCAAGUGUUACACCCUUUAAUAUAUGGUGCUAAUGGGAACAAGGUGACCCAAAAGUUUCUGGAUGAUGGUCAUGAUGUUGCACACAAUUUCUCUGUUUCUUUCUUUGUCCUUUCGGUUUUCUUUUUCUUUCCUUUUGUUUACCUCCGGGUUCCUAGUUAUGCAUGCUGUGGUUUGCAACCACUUGCAAGGUCACAAUGUCUUUUGUUUUUGUGUUAUAUAUAUAUACACUGUAUAAAAUUUUUAAAAGGUACAGUUUUAAAAAUCUUUGUUUAUAAUUUUUCAAAUGUACUUUUUUUAUGUUUGUCAAUGGACUGGUAUUGAGUGCUCAUUGGGUGAGUUUGGACUGUUUAUUCAUCGAACUGAGUACUGGACUGGAGUAUUUUUAUUGAAAAUGUAUUUCUGAAGCAAAAACUUGAGCUGACUGAAUUAUGUUACUAUGUACUGAAUGUGUUGACAUGAUGAUACAAGAGAUGUGAUCAAUCUGAUUUCGAAAACAGUGUUCAUGAUGUCAUCCUUACAAAGUCAUUAAAUAAAAGAUUAAAUGGCUGCCUAAAAGGUCUCAAGGCUUGCAGUCCACAUU